GACCCGUCCUACUGAGUUGCUAGUUCUGCGCAUACGCGGAAAAGCGAAAGGGUUCUCGUCGUACGGAACAUGGGGUUUUACUACUCUUUAAAGUAAAAACAGCAUUUAACAUACCACAAAAACACGAAUAACGAGUCAGUGAGUUGUUAGCUCCGCUCAGACAAGUAAGUCCAGUUCUGUCCGCGUCUGUGGACUUCACUUUGACUCCCUCCAGGUAAGCUCAUUCUUGUUUACAUGAUUAGCAAACUUGGUGUAACUCCAGACACAGUUUUUGUUUUUCUGUCCUAAAAUAUCUGACUUGUUAGCACUCCGCAGUAAGUUUUUGUGUGACUUCCUGACUCUGACUUGUGUUCCAACUCCUGGGAUGUCUUUCCCCUGGAUCUCCCUGGUGGACCCAACCAGCAACACGUCCAUCAGCUGCUUCAGCUCCAACCAGAGCACGGUCCUCUCCGGACUCGAGUUCGGAGGAAUUCCAGUCGUCCUGCUGCUGAACUUCUGUGUUUUCAUUGUGUUGCUGAUCAUUUUCUCGAUUAUCAGAAAGAAGUUCUGGGACUACGGUCGAUUAGCUCUGGUUGCAGACAGUGAUGGGUUCAACGAGUCAACGCACCGCCGCUACGGUCGUAUGCCAUCCACAGCGUCCAACGUGGAUGACGCCGAGCACGAAUCGGGGUACUUCUCGUGGCUGUCCUACAGCGUCAGAAUGGACGAAGAGAAGAUCAAACAGAAAUGUGGCGUUGAUGCGUUACACUACCUGUCCUUCCAGCGUCAUCUGAUCAUCCUCUUGGUGGUCAUCACUGUCCUUUCCCUCGGAGUCAUCCUGCCGGUGAAUCUGACUGGGAAACUGCUGAGAAAUGAUCCUGUAAGUUUUGGACGGACAACAAUUGGGAAUCUGAGCACUGAGAACGACCUGUUAUGGCUGCACACUGUGUUCGCUGUGAUCUACCUGGCCCUGACCAUGGUGUCGCUGAGGCUGCACACGUCCAAGAUGAAAGACCUGCGCAGGGACAAGGCCAGAAACACCUUGUUUAUUUGUUCAGUCCCUAAAAUGGCAACAGCGGAGGAUGUAAAGGACCAUUUCAGGGAGGCGUAUCCUCAGUGGCGGGUGUGUUCUGUUACUCUGGCCUAUGAUGUGGCCAAACUGAUGCACCUGGAUAAGGAAAGGGUGCGAGCUGGGAAAAACCUGCGGUACUAUGAGCGGGUUCUUGAGAAGACAGGGCUGCGUGGGCUGAUCAACCCGCGACUGUGCAGCAACAUCUGUUGCUGCUCCAGCUGUGAGAAAGUUGAUGCCAUAGAAUAUUACCGUAGUAAAGAAAAGCAGCUGCUGGAGGAAAUGAGGCGGCAGACAGAAGAAGUACCAGAUCAUCCACUGGGGAUGGCAUUUGUCACCCUACAGACCGAAGCUAUGGCUAAGUACAUUCUGAUAGACUUCAAUGCUAUCGAGUGUAGCGGGAUGAAGUGCUGCGGAGGGCGAGAGCCUCAGCCUUCGUCCAAAAGCAAAACUCUGAAAGUGAACCGGUGGCGGGUCAGCUUUGCUCCUCAUCACAGAAGUGUUUAUUGGGAGAACCUUUCAGUACGAGGUUGCUGCUGGUUCAUCCGCUGUAUCGGAAUAAACAUCUCUGUUUUUAUCGUUCUCACCUUCCUGACUACUCCCACCAUCAUUAUUAACACCAUGGACAAGUUCAAUGUGACCAAGCCCAUCUACUAUCUUAAUGACCCCAUCAUCAGUCAGUUCUUCCCAACUCUUCUGCUGUGGUCCUUCUCUGCGUUGUUGCCUACAAUAGUGUACUACUCUACACUUGGAGAGGCACACUGGAGCAAGUCAAGUGAACAGCUGAGCAUGAUGCGUAAGUUGUACUUCUUCCUGCUCUUCAUGGUGCUGAUCCUCCCCUCGCUAGGACUCACCAGUCUUGCUUGGUUUUUCCGCUGGCUGUUUGAUAAAACGUUUCUUGGUGGAGAAAUACGAUUUGAGUGUGUGUUUUUACCAGACCAAGGUGCGUUUUUCGUCAACUACGUGAUCGCGGCCGGCUUGGUGGGAUCUGGGAUGGAGCUGUUGCGGUUGCCAGGGUUACUGCUUUACACCAUACGCCUGAUGGCUGCUCGUUCUGCUGCUGAAAGAAAAUACGUCAAAGAGCACCAAGCCUACGAGUUUGAAUAUGGAGCCAUGUACGGAUGGACUCUGUGUGUGUUCACUGUCAUCAUGGCUUACAGCAUCAUUUGUCCCAUCAUUGUGCCUUUUGGCCUCCUCUACAUGUUGCUGAAGCACCUGGUGGACAGACACAACUUGUACUUUGCUUUCUUGCCCACUCACCUUGACCGCCAGGUCCAUCUGGGAGCUGUCAAUCAAACUCUGGCUGCACCAAUCAUCUGCCUGAUCUGGCUUUACUUCUUCUCUGUCCUCCGAGCAGGUUUCAAGACUUCAACGUCUCUGUUCACCUUAGUGGUGCUGUGCGUCACAGUGGUCUUCUCCCUCCUCAUCACCUGCUUCGGCCAUCUUAAAUACCUCAGCCCCCUUAACUACGAGGUCACGGAGCAGGAUGAGAACACGGCAGAGGGAGUGGAAAAAAACAUACAGCUUUACCUUCCAAGAGUGCUCGACAACAAAUCACCCGUUUGUGCCACAGAAGAGCCUCAGAAAGCGAAGACUUAUGGUUCUACAGAGGGAAGCCCAGUUCACGGCUUCGGUCCAGUGGAGAACACGUCAUCGGAUUGUUGACUUCAUGGAUUUCCACGCUGAGUCAAAACCAGGAAGCUAAGAUCCACAACUCCACUCAAACGUUUGGCGUCGCUUAGAAAGGCUCUUGUUUUUUAUUCAUUUAGACUAAAACAUAAGAAAGGAACAGGACUCACCGCUGUCGCGUCUGAAUGUCUGUUUCUUUAGCUGGAUGUUCUUUUCAGGGUAGUUUUAUCUUUUUGUUUGUGGCAAACUAAAACUUAUUCAAGUGAUCUUAAUGUUCAACGGUUAUACCAACAGUUCCGAUUAUCAUCAACAAGUCUCACACACACACACACACACACACACACACACACACACACACACACACACACACACACACACACACACACGCUGUUUUAGUUUGAGGGAUUUUAUUCAGUAAAGAAAUGUUUUACUGGAUUUUAUUUUAUUGUAAUUUAGCACUUUGAGUGACUUGAGUUAAAUGUCACAAAGCAAAAAAGAGUCACAAACGAAUAUUUAGCCAUAAAAAUCUGCCAAUCAGAGCGAGCCACGACGGUGAACUGAUCAUGUUGAUAGUCACGCGUGUAACACGGACACCAAAGAACCUUCCUGAUGGGGAAAAAGAAGUAAUUUGCACUAUUUGUUUUUGUUACGUUAUAAAAUGUUUGUUUAGAUUAUAUUAACAAAACAAAAUACUUUUAAAUGAGAGUUCGUAACUUCGUCUAUAGUUUCUGUUUUAGUUUCCGUUGUAUUAUGAGCAGUGUUGGGAGUAUAACGGCGUUCUUUUUUAGGUAACGGAAUAAUCUAAUUACUUUUCCCGCCGUUGCAACGCCGUUACGUUACUGGGGACGGGAGGUUGUGCGUUACUUUGUGCUUGUCGAACGUUGAGCAACAGUGUGAGGCUUUCUGACCGCCACACCUCAGCUGCAGCCAGGGAGAGAGACGUGUCGGUAACACACUUACAAACACAAUGAUGAUUGGCCGGGUGGGCGGAGACCCUCAGUGUUCUCACUGUCACAGCAUGCUGUAGACACAACAGAGCAGUGAUGGGAAUAACGCCGUUUAAAAUAACCACGUUAAAAAAUAUAUUUAUUUCUGUAACGAGCAAACUAAUUAAUUACGUCUUCUUUUAUCAAAACGUGGUUUCUGUUACUGAUCAGGAAAUGUGUGCAUUAAGCAGUGCGGUGUGUUGAAGCUGUCAUCAGCUGAUCAGGAGCUAAAGAGGUAGAUGUUUUCAUCCGAGCGCAUCACGGCCCGUGAAGAACGAGGAAGACGUGAUGAAUGUCUACGGCUGCAGGUGUGGAUCUGCAGCCGUGCCCUUCUUAGCGUGACAGCGGGACGUCCCGAAGGUCCGCUCACCUGUUCACCGCUCAGACGUCCUGAUCUUCUACCUUCCUAGAUCAUCCAGCUGUAACCUGUUUCUGAUCAUGUCUUUAGUCCCGCUGUAACACUGAUGCAUCAGUCUCAGACGUCAUGGAGCUCAGGUGUUAUCAGAACUACCUGUGUGUGUUUACCACCCAGCUUCAGCUCUUCUGUGGUUGGGUCUGACCCACGUUAGUAAAUGUAAGUCCUCCAUCAGGCUUGUGCCUCUUCUAGUGUCAUUUUAAAGGAUUUUAUUUAUUUAACCGUUACUAGAUUACCAGCAACAGAAAUGCUGCUAAAAACACACAAUUAUGUGAACCUGGAAAAAUUAAACUACUGUGCAAAAUUACAUGUCUGUAAUUUAGCUAGACUGAGAGACCAUUUAAAGGCUCGGGAACCUAUACAGGUGUUUCUAUUUGCAAUUUUAAAUUUUAGCUGACUGGGGUCUUGUUAAAUAUCAUACAGUGACCUUUUAAUAGUCUAGAUAAGUGUAAUGCUCCUGUUAGUAGUUCCUCCUGUUAAGUGCUUAUUUAUUUAAAUUAUUCAGGUUUAUAAAAAACAUUUGGACCUACAUUUUAUUAUGUUCCAGUCAUUAGUCAUUUAUAGUGAAUUAAGUUCAAUUAACCCAUUUUUCUAGCAUUCUUUAAUGAAAAAAGUAACUAGGUAGUUAUUUUUCUUGGUAAUUAGUUACUUUUAUAAUCUCAUAACUCAGUUAGUAACUGAGUUACUUUUUGACAAAGUAAUCAGUAACUAUAACUAAUUACUUUUUAAAGUAACGUUCCCAACACUGAUCAUGAGGCCCUUCAGCCAUGUUAGCCCUGUUUUAUGAAAUGAAUUGAACGUUCAAGCAGGUCAACGUCUGCAUGCAUUGAAAGUGAUUUAAGAACUUUAUUUAAAUGUAACUCUUGAAGCGAAACGUUGUAAUGAAGAGUCUAAGGGCUUUCUGUGUUUAGAGGAGUCAUGUUCUGACACCAGGGGGCGCUGUUGUGCUGUGUUCAGGUGUUUUUACUUGUGCAACAUUUAUAAAGCUGUAACAAAAAGGUAAAAGACACAAAGUUGUGUUCAGUGGUGAUGAUUCCAGCUCCUCCUCCUCGCCUGAUCCUUCCUCUUCCUCGUUUUUCCUCUUACUCCAGGCGUUUUCCGCUUUCUCGCCCCAGUGCCUGCUUCAGCAUUGCCUCAUCACCACUACUGGGAGCGUGGUUGUUAAUUAAUAGCUAAUGAAGAGCUACGCUGUCAGCGGUUAGGAUGAAGCUCUGUGUGCCUUAGAGCUCUCAGACAGAAAAGAACAACCCGAUCAGGAGCUUAAAGUGGUUUGCAGUGAACAAAGCUAGUUACUGAAGGUUUCACACAGUCGCUUAUCAUCAUGCUGCAUAUUUAGCGUCUGGUUUUGCAAAAUACAUUUUAAUGCUAUCGGAGUGCACAAAGAGCAUUUUACUCUGGAUUUUUACUCACUUUUUACAAGAUCUUCCUGUUUGUUUACAUUCUGAUGCUUCGUUCAAGAUGCAGCGAGAACGUUUUUGAUUUCUUGUCAUGUUUUUAAGAUAAAGCUCAGAAGUACAUUAAUGCAACAUUCUAGCCUGUAUGUAUUAUUUAGUCUGGCCACGCUCCAUUGACGGCUCUCGGUUGUGGGGCGGGUUCUACCGUUGUCUUUCAAAUGAUCUCCGCAUUCUACUGGACAAUGAAUGUGACAUACUCACCGCAACAGCCAUCGGUAAAUGAGGCGGUCCGCAGUUGAAGAAGGAGAAAACAUCAUUUUUUCUUAAAAAAAAAAAAGCUCUUCAAUACAUCUAUCUGCUCCUGAUUCUAAUGAAGCCCAAGUUCUAAUAACCCAAAAAUGGAUGUAAAAGCCGUUUCAAACGAGCCGUCGCCAUCUUGUUUCACUCUGUUGCAUCAUCCCACCCACCAGGCAUAUGGAGUGCCCUGAUUGGCCCACAAAGCGGAUAAAGCUCUGUGAUUUGUUCACUAAGCAGAUAGAGCACUAUGAUUGGCCCACCAUUAUGGACCAAUCACAGCUCUUUAUGUGUUUGAAACCCCUCUAGAGAGCUGUGAUUGGCCAGCCAGAAUGCUGUCAGGGGCUGCAGAGGUUCCAGUGGAGCGUUCCUAGACCAAACUUUGCAAAGCAAGAAUUUGGUCUAGUUCACUACGCUAGCAACUUUCCGCAGUUUUCCCCCUUCCAGGAUUUAUUUAUGAUUGUUUAGAUGUCUGUUAAAGUGAUAGUUUUAUCAUGUGUUACGACAGAGGCCAUAUGUUUUUAUUUUUUGCCAAGCCUGUCCCGUAGAGCCCCACGCAAUUUGAACUGAACGCCGUUCAGCAUUCGCCAAUAGUGUUAGACUUCUUCUUACACACGGAUGUCAAUCACAGUGUGUGCGAACAUCUGAGGACGUACCUAGUCUGAUGCAGGGUUGGCGACCUUUCUCAUGCACAAGUAAGUCUUCUAAAGUAUAAAACAUAACGUGAGAAUGAUAAUUGUGUUAUAGCUCCGUUAGCUAAAAGCGAGCGUUCAACAAGAGGUGUCGCCUUCAACCGUGAACGCGGAAGUUGAAGCCACAGCUUAAAGCUGUUAAAGCGAAUCUACAGAACAAGCUAGUUUUGAAACGCAAACGCGGUCACGGAGCGCUCACCCCUCCCCUCAGGUAUCUUCCCUGAGAUGCUUCUGCUGGAACCGGAGACCCAUGAUGCCAAAGGAAAACAAAAUAGAGCUAAACACCAGUGGUUGUUUUCGAGGUCCAAACGUCUUUUUGUUGUCCGUGACGAGCUUUAGCAGCCGGCUGUUUCUCCUCUGUUAUUGAGCUGUGAACCUCUCACACCAGAGGUGUUCCCUUGCUCAAUACGCAAGUGCAUAAUGAAUGGAGGACCCAAGGAAGCACAGAAGUGCUGCGGUUUGCCAAGACUGACGACCGGACGGUCCAGUAGUUGGUUUUGGUAUCUCUAAGGUGGAAUACGUUUGUCAGUGAUUAGAUGGUGCCAUCGGAUGAAAAGUACUACAGAUUGUAGCUUCAGUGACUCCCAGUGCAGAGAUCAGUAGUGUGUGUAUGUGUGCAGGGGUGGACCUUUAAAGCGCCCGAGCGCCAGUGGAGCUAAACUUUCUUCGUCGGGCGGUAAAUACUUGACGACUUACCGCCCGGGUGGCGCCCAAGCCUCGUUUGUCAUUUACACACCGGCUUUCACCUACAUCAUGGCCGCGCCCUGUAGGAAGCCGCCGUUUUCGUUUUGCGCGCGUGAACCUGCGCGCCUCUAGCCACGUACUGCACGUACUGCACUUGUACGAUUCGUGCACGUACUGCACGAUUCUAGUUAUAGUCACGUGAACUAAAAGUUCACUAUUAAAGACGAAGUGAAACCACGCUAGAAACACACAAGCAAGCAGGAAGAUGGCGCCGCCACAGGGAUGGGAUUUCUUGAUGAAAUCUCCGGCAAAACGCUUUAAAACUGGUGAGGAGAAGCGAGACAGUUCGAAACGGUAUGAAGCGGAGAAGCGUGUGCGUAGGUGGAACGGUUCUUGGCGGUUUAAAGAAGACGGGAGGCACAGAGAGUGGCUCGAGUACAGCAAAGCGGAGGAGGUGAUGUACUGCGUUGUAUGCCGGAAGUAUGCGACGACAAAAUCGAGUUUUGUUGAGGGAACAAACAAAUUCAAACUUGAAUACGUUAUUAUGUUUGUGAAUGUGUACAAAAUAAAAGUUUAUUACAUUUGAAACGGUUCAGUUGUUAUUUUGACUCGUUUCGGCAGCUGACCUGCGGGGCCGGUAAAUAUUCAGUUACCGGCCCGGCUGGCCGGUUGGUUGGUAUUGAAGUUCAUGUCCACCCCUGGUGUGUGUGUUCAAGGGAGGCAGUCACUGCAUUUUCUGGGUGGAUCAGAAGUAAUAAAGAUGUUGAGGCUGCAGGAACGUGUGAAGCAGCUGCUGCUCAGCUUUGUAAAUGUAAACCCCCCCCCCCCCCCCCCCCCCCACACACACACACACACACACACACUCACACACACACACAUCUGACUGAAACCGCUUUACAUGAAGACACACACCGUCUCUGCUUUGGCCUUAGGGGUUGCUACCCCUCCUUGUGGGUGUGUGAACAUUGAAUCCAGUUAUGGGAGUGUUUAUUGGCAUUUGAUGUUCAAAUAGAUGUGCAUUGUUUCAUUUUAUCUGAAAAAAGACAGCAAAACUCUUGUUUUAUUUUCCAUCCUAAACCCUGAUCCACUUGCAUAAGAUAUUGAUUUUCUCUUAUAUUUGUAGGGGGUGUUGUAAAAUUGUAAAUAUAGGGGCAAUUUGUUUUAUUUGUUAAAGUAAAGGUCUUUUAAAUAAAAUUUUCCAUAUUC